AUGAAAAAAAUUAUUUUCGCAACAGUAGGUACAACUGAGUUUGAUGAAUUAUUGACUGCACUUGUUUAACCUGAUAUGAUUAAUUUAUUAGCAUAACAUAAGUUCACUAAAAUGGUUUUAUAAAAAGGCAGAGGAAAGUUUUAAAUGAUAGAAGAUUACAUUAAAAAGCUUCCUAUAGAAAUAGAAUUAUUUGAUUUUAAGCCAACUCUAACAAAUGAGUUUUAAUAAGCUGAUUUUGUAAUUAGUCAUUGUGGAGCUGGAACUCUUUUGGAAGGCUUGAUGCUCAAAAAAAAAAUAUGUGCUGUUGUAAACACUACAUUAAUGGAUAAUCAUCAAGAAGAGAUUUUAAAUAAGCUAUUAGAAUAAAAUUACAUUUAUGGGAUUAAAGAUUUAAAUAACUUCUCUUCUUAGAUUAAAGAAAUUCUGGAACAAUUAAAUAAAGAUGUCUUAAAAGAAUAUCCUAAUUGCGAUGAUACUAAGAUUGCAAAGGUUAUAGAAUCUUUUUACUGA